UUCACCCUCAAAAAACAGAAAUGACUUCAAACUAAACCAGCGCAUCUCGAGUCUCGCGCGGUGCGGAAGUGGGCCGUGGGGGAGGGCUCGCGCUCCGCUGCAUAUAAACGCACGCGGACUUCCUCAAACUCAGUUUGCAUCGGAGCAGAGACGCACUCAGAUCUAAAGCAGCAGUCAUGAGCUGGGACAGCUACAUCACUAGCCUGACCAAGAGCGAGUGGGUGGAUGAUGCGGUCAUCCUCGGAUGCACACCGGGUCAGGAGUCCGUUUGGGCGGCAGCACCGGGCGGCUGGCUGAACCAAGUCUCGGCGUCUGAGGUCAAGGCUAUCAUCGCCAGUGACCGCAGUACUCUGUUUGCCAAUGGAGUGACUCUGGCCGGCAGGAAGUGCACGGUGCUGAGAGACGCUCUGAAUGUGGACGGCCAGAACACCAUGGACAUCAAGAUGAAGACCUCAGAGAAAGAGCCCGACCCCUUCUCCUUCACCAUCGGCAGAUCUCACAAAGGUGAAAAUAUAAAACAGCACAAUAUAUGAGCCAUAUCAAAAUAU